AGUUUAUUGAUGUUACGGAAUAAAUCAGGUGACACAAAAGAAUGAUCCUAUUGAGAGAUAAUGUGCAUCAGGACAUAAGCAUGGUAGAAUCCUGUUUUAAGGACAGACCUAGGCAAUCCCCUUUUGAUCAGUACAGCCAAGCGAUUGCUGCACAUCACUAGGUCAUGUGGUGCAACUGAUUUUACAGCAGAAUCCCCCAAUGCAAUCAGUAGGGCUGAUAAGCCAGCCACUAACUGCCUAGGGUCAGGAAGAAACCUCCCCAUGUGGGCAGGAUAUUACAGAAUUGUCUGUUGUGGGAGUUUUUAGCAACUGGGACUGGCCCCUGUUGCAGAGGGGGGCUGAGCUUCCGUUGCCCCAGACCUCACAAAGUCAUGUGCACCUGUGCAAAGUGAAUGCAAUUUGGGGGUAAUCCACUACUGGGCCAGAUCCUUCACUGUUGUAAAUCAACACAGCUCCAUUGAUGUCAAUGGAGUGACACCAGUUUACACCACCUUAGAAUCUGGCCCGACCAGUCUGUUUUGGUAGCAUUUUGCACAGGUGUAAAUGACAACACUUAGUGCAGAACAGUGGAGAAGCAGACCCAAGACCAGCACAGACUGUGAUCUGAUACAUAAGUUCUAGAGUUUUUUGUUCAGUGGCAUCUGAGAUGGCUCUCCCUUGGCUUUCCUGUGCUAGCACAAUGCCAAAAUGAUCGGGUGGCAAACGCUGUGGGAGGGAAUAUUUGUUAGUUUCUAUUGGUCUGUACAAGUUUAUAUUUACAUGAAAUCUAAUUCUGGGGCCAGAUUUGACCUGACAGAGUCCCUUUAAUAAUGCCUCAACCAAAAGCGUUUUGAAAAUAAUUAAGGAUCAGGAAUUGAGUAAAGCAGUUACGUAGUGGGACCAGACUUCAUUAAAUGUGUUCAAGAGAGAACGUUUUAAUAUUUAAAGAGGAGAUUUAAUGUUUACAGAAAUCCUCCCUCUGAUGUGAAAUUGCUGUUAAAUCAGGUUGGAAACUGGUUUUUAAAUCCCUUUAAACUGGUUUCCUGUAGAGCUCGGGUGGCAAAUGAUGUCUGCAACUCUGUAUGACCUAGCAAGAUUUAUUAAGGGGCUCAGCCCACCUGUGGGAGUUGCCCAUACUGUCUUAUAGGUCUCUUAUGGGAUUAGAGACACUAGCAUGCUGGCUUGAUCUCCCUCCUCCCCUAAAGUUUAUUGAGGGAAAAUAAAAAUAAUUAUAGUAAAACAGUUAUACUAAAGCUGCCAAAUCAUGACACUUCCCUCACUAUGGAAGCUCAGUGCGAUAGCUUGAAGCAUUUUCCCCUGGGCAAGUCUGGAUUUCAUACACACUGUAACAGAGGCAUAAUACUGGCAAAACUGAAUAGGUAUUUAAUGCUCCAUAUGACUGUGUUUUAAACGUAGGAAGUUACUGCCCAGGAACAGACCCAUUCAUGAGAAAUGGCAGUGUCCAGUGCUUAGAGAGCAGUCCUGUUAAUAAGGGCGCCUGGGUUGUAUUCUCAACUCAGGGACAGAGUUAGAGCAUAGGAUCUGUACUCUGCUCUGACCACUAGACCCCACUUCCUAAAGCACGACCCCUUCGUUCUGUUCCCAGCUCUGCCAUUGACUCAGUAACCGGGGGCAAGUUACUUUGCCUCUCCGUGACUCAGUUUCCCCAAUUGUAAGAUAGGGAUAAUGCAGUAGAGCACUUGGAGAUCUUUGGGGGCAACGUGCUAGGUCGGGAAUACAAAGUGUUAUAUUAAACCUGUUUAUUAAUUAUUAAUUAUCCACCCAAAACCCAAGCAUUCAUCAAGUGCUGUGUAUACAAUUUAAAGUGCAAACUGGUAUUACAUAAGAACCUGCUUCAUGAAAGCCCGCACUUAAACCGGAGUCUGUUGAGGAGUUGUAGGCAGGGCUGCGUGGAACCUUCCCUUUCACUGCAUAAAGGCAGGAUUUCUCCUCUGGAGCUGAUUUCCCCUGCCCCACAUCCUCUUCUGUGUUCAUCUUCCAGGCUGCUAGAAGUCAGGCUGGGAAUCGAGAGGCUCACGGCUUGAACUGCACCGAGGUGCUUGGAGGUGGCCCUUCCUCUGGCUCUUGGUUAGAAAAUGAAGCUGCCUCUUUGUUAAGUCAGACCCCGAUCCAGCAAGGGCCUUACGCAGGCAAGGAGUCCCAGUGAAGUCAAUGUUUCAAUGAACCAGUUGGUCCCUUGCUGUCUCAGAGCCUAAAACUGUUGCAUUCUAGAGGUGGGAGUCUAGAAGUCCAGUCGGCUUAGAUGACCCUCCUAUGAAGAAGACGAGGCGGCUGUCAGUCACAGCUGCUGCAAGUUCAGAGGGCGUUCGUGUGUUUUAGGAUGAUGCAGUAGUCAAAGCAGCCUGUCAAAAGCUGGCACAGUUCCAAACUCUGCUUGCCAAAGGGAAGACAGUCUAGACACCGCAACCAUCUCAAGGUGGGGAACUCAAUGGGUAUGUGCACCUUAUAGCCAGGACGUCAUUCUAACUAGAGACAUGCAAAUGUACACUUCAUGUCUCAGUGUAAGUCAGACCAGGCCCUCCUCAGCCUGCAGUUGCUCCAUACGUUUUUUAGGCCAAGAUUUUCAAAAGCAGCUGGACUCACUGCCCAGCAUAAAGGGGCCUGAUAUGCAGGCAAUGCUGAGCACCUGCCCUCUGGAAACAGGCCUCUUUUAAGGUGUCUCAAGUUGGGCACCCAAAAUCACCAGUCACUUUUGGAAAUCUCAGCCCGAACCUUUAGACAUUUGUUUUGUUCAGCAAUGCAGAGUUCCGGGGACUUUGGCGGAAACCUUCCUUCCAGAUCAUUUUUCGGCAGCAUGAGGGCUGCCAGGAGAGCGCUCCCAAAUGCAAAAUCUAAAUGAAAAUGUUCAGACUCCAAAGCAAUUUUCCUUUGUAUGAACUGAGAAAUGCUUCCCAGCCGGUGAAGUUUCCCAGCUCUGUGCUGUGCAAACAAGCCCAGGUAUCUUUACCCAAGUGCUUGCUGAGAGCACUUUGCCUCCUAUAGCAGGUAAGCAUCCCCAGCUGCCAAAUCAUAUGGUUCACUGGGUGUAGAUCGUGUGGGGGGUCAAUCCUGUAGGGAAGUGAGAGUUGCAAUUGUGGGGUGUUUAUCAUUCUUAGGAGUGGGCCAUUGGCUGGAGGUCAGGCCCUCAAGGGGAUGUUAGACUGUCACUCAACACCUAAUGUCAGUGACAGAAGCAGCUUGGAGAACAAAUAUGAAGUCUACGGCUAUUGAUCAGAAAUAAAGGCCAAAGAAAGUUGUUUAUUAAACCCAAGCUCCGUGUCCCAGGAAGGAUAAAUUGUCUGAACUAUAACUCAGGGUUAUUCCUUUCUGGACAUGGCUCUUUGUUCCUGAUCUUGGUUGAACUGCUGUGCACCGCAGGAGGCAGCCAUCCCUGCUGGCAUGUUCUGACCCUCCCCUCUCCUGUGUUGCUCAGGCUUUCUCAAGCUCCAUGAUGGUUUCGAGGAAGGUGGUGGCUUCUCUGCUGGUGGUGUACGUGGUGGCCAUGCUGGCUGAACAGACUGAAGGCUACCUAGCCUUCUUCACUCGCAGCGACAUCGAGAGGAUGCAGGAGAAACAGAGGAACAAAGCGCAGAAGAAAUCCCUGAUGUUGCAGAAGCGAUCAGAAGGCGGAGACGUUACCGAGCUCUCUGACGUGGAGCGUGUGGACGAGGGCGAGAUCAUCAAGCUGACUGCACCUGGAGAAACUGGAAUGCGGCUCGACCCUAGGCAGCUGGAAAAAUACCAGCACAUCCUGGAGGAACUGCUAACUGAGAUGCUACUGAACGCUCAAAAUGGUAACUGAUAUCCUCAGACCCAGAAGAGCAGGGUGAUGCUGCUUGCUGGACUACAGGUCUACGCUUCUGCAAGACUAAAUCUGUAAAGUGCUUCAAAAGAAAAAAAUCUGAUGCGAGCUAAUAAAAU